UACGACAUUCUGCUCUAUUCUGAUUGGUUACGACCAUUCUACUGGUGGUGUGAGCCUUACAUUUCAUCACAGAUCUCCAGUGCUCCCCAAAGGCGACGUACUGUACCUUCUCGUUUUAAUAUCACUUGCCGCACCAUGACAGCUGUAGAGACUCUAAUGCCGGCAAUUGAUGCCCACUUAUCCCAGCUACGCAAUCUACACCUGAACGGACAUGUUGGCUUUGACAGUCUCCCUGACCAACUGGUGAAAGAAUCUGUUGCUCAAGGAUUUUGUUUCAAUAUCUUGUGUCUGGGUGAAACAGGAAUUGGGAAGUCUACCCUGAUGGACACCUUGUUCAACACAAGUUUUGACUCUACUCAAAGCACCCAUGACCUUCCUGGAGUCAAGCUGAAGUCUAAUACCUAUGAACUUCAGGAGAGCAACGUGAGACUGAAGCUGACUGUUGUGGACACAGUUGGGUUUGGGGACCAAAUCAAUAAGGAAGACAGCUGGAAACCAAUUGUUGACUACACUGAUGCCCAGUUUGAGUCAUAUCUCCAAGAGGAGCUGAAAAUCAAGCGUUCACUUGAUACUUACCAUGACUCAAGGAUUCACCUCUGCCUCUACUUCAUUGCCCCAACUGGGCAUUCACUGAAAGCUCUGGAUCUAGUCACUAUGAAACAACUGGAUAACAAGGUGAACAUAAUUCCUGUCAUAGCAAAGGCUGAUACAAUUACCAAGGUUGAGCUUCAUAAGUUCAAAUCCAAGAUCAUGAUUGAACUGCGUAACAACGGGGUUCAAAUUUACCAGUUUCCAGUAGAUGAUGAAACUGUGAAGGAGAUGAAUGCUGCCAUGAACGGUCAUCUGCCUUUUGCUGUUGUCGGUAGUAAUGAUGAAGUCAAGGUUGGCAACAAGAUGGUGAAGGCUAGGCAAUAUCCCUGGGGUACUGUUCAAGUGGAGAAUGAAAACCAUUGUGACUUUGUGAAACUCAGAGAGAUGCUGAUACGAACCAAUAUGGAGGAUCUACGUGAGACAACCCAUCGUACGCACUAUGAGCUCUACCGCAGGCACAAGCUCCAAGCUAUGGGCUUUUCUGAUAAUGAAUCUAAGAGCUUGUCUGAAACAUAUGAACUGAAGCGUCAACAGCACAUGAAUGAAUUGCAGAAGAAAGAAGAGGAGAUGCGUCAGACAUUUGUCAUUCGUGUUAAAGAGAAGGAAGCUGAACUUAAAGACGCUGAGAAGGAGCUCCAUGCACGUUUUGAAGCUCUCAAGAAACAACAUGCUGAAGACAAGAAGAAGCUUGAUGAAAGCAAACGAAAGCUGGAAGAAGAAUCAAACUUGUUCACUCAGCGCAAGGUUACAAUGCAAACCCAAGCACAGCAGUCAACCAUGGGUAAAGGCAAGAAGAAGUAAACAAAAAGAAACCUGUGCUUGAUUGAUGGAAGCGGUUGGUGGGAGGCAAGUAUGUGUGUGUGUGUGUGUGUGCAUACAUGCAUACAUAUAUUUAUAUAUAAAAAAUGCAUGUAAGUACACAUAUUUACAUGGUUUUUGUAUACAAUGGUGUGUGUAUAUAUAUAUAUAUAUAUAUAUAUAUUUAUGUAUAUAAAUUCACACAACCACACACACACUUCAUAUUGCUGUGAAGACAGUAAAAUCUGCUGACAAUAUAGUCAAAACACAAAUAUGCAUUCAAAAUCUCUUUCCCUUUCUCUCUGAAACAUGCACAGAACAUGAACUUAUAUAUAUAUAUAUAUAUAUAUAUAUAUAUAUAUAUACAUACAUGGGGGAGAUAGUUGUUUAGCAGCAGUCAAAGAGGUUUGAUACAGAACUGUCUUACUAAACCUCUAUAAUGAAGUGUUAGUGUUUAUGUGUGUAUAUAUAUUUGUGCGCAUACACAUUUUUACAAACAUAACCCACACAUACACACAUACAUGUAUGUGUAUGGAAACAUGUAAAUGCAUAUACAGGUCUUUCGUUUAACUUGGUUUUUUUGUAAGCCUUUUAUAUACAUCCAAACUCAUUCGUGAGUACAUCUUGGGGAAUACAAAAAGAUGUUUUCUUUCAAUAAAUAUCUUUUACAUUUA